AUGGAUAGUCUAGAAGAAACAAAAUUACAACUAUAUACAUCAUUUUCAUCAGCAUCAUUAUUUAUUCAAAGCAGUACUUUGCGUCUUCAAUUUCUUUUGGAGACAACACAGCUUCCUUUUGAAAUAGUUGAUCUAGCAACAAACCCAAAAGCAAAAGAGCUUUGGUAUCGAUGCAAUGAAGGAAAAUCUCUUCCUGCAGUUGUAAAACAGGGGAAAAUUAUCGGUAAUAUUCAUGAUAUAGAAAAUGCAAAUGAGCUUGGCCAAUUAAAAGAAAUACUUGUGGAAAAAACAUUUUCGUAA